UUUUUUGUUCCUUAAUCUUGGAACUCUGUUCUUUGCGGUGGUUUCUGUGAAUAUUUUGUGAACAGAAGAUCUUCAAUGCAGAUUUGGACAUUGAUUCUUUUAUUACCAAAUAUGUAAUAAUCAUAAUAAUUGCCCGGAAGAACGUUGUGUUAGUCUUCCUUCUUUUUUUUUCUUCUUUUUUUUCAAAAAGUUCAAAUUCGAGCUGAAAGCCAGUUGUGGUGAGUGGUGACAAUCAUUUUGUUGGAGGCUGUUUGACAAAACUUGAGAUUCUUAAUAAGAAAGCAAUAUUUCCGCUGAUUAUUAAGUUCAACAAUCGUUGAAGAUGAGUCAGCCUAAAAUCAAGCGCCGAGUUGGUAAAUAUGAGGUUGGAAGAACUAUAGGUGAGGGAACAUUUGCAAAAGUGAGAUUUGCAAGAAACUCAGAGACUGGGGAUCCUGUGGCUCUCAAAAUUCUUGACAAAGAAAAGGUUCUCAGGCACAAGAUGGCUGAACAGAUCAGGCGGGAAAUUGCAACAAUGAAGUUGAUCAAGCAUCCACAUGUUGUUCGAUUAUAUGAGGUCAUGGGAAGCAAGACUAAAAUAUACAUUGUAUUGGAGUUUGUGACUGGUGGAGAGCUUUUUGACAAAAUUGUAAACCAUGGGCGGAUGAAAGAAAGUGAAGCGCGUAGAUAUUUCCAGCAGCUUAUAAAUGCUGUUGAUUAUUGCCAUAGCAGGGGUGUCUACCACCGAGACCUAAAGCCAGAAAAUUUGCUAUUAGAUGUUUCUGGAAAUCUUAAAGUUUCUGAUUUUGGUUUAAGUGCUCUCUCCCAGCAAGUCAAGGAUGAUGGACUGCUGCAUACUACAUGUGGAACGCCAAAUUAUGUUGCUCCUGAGGUCCUUAAUGAUAGAGGCUAUGAUGGGGCAACUGCAGAUUUGUGGUCAUGUGGGGUGAUUCUCUUUGUAUUGCUUGCAGGUUACCUGCCUUUCGAUGAACCUAAUCUUGUGAACCUAUAUAAAAAGAUCUCAGCUGCUGAAUUUACUUGCCCCCCUUGGCUUUCUUUCAGUGCCAGGAAACUGAUCGCUCGAAUCCUGGAUCCAAACCCUGCAACUCGUAUCACGGUAUCGGAGAUUCUAGAAGAUGAAUGGUUUAAGAAAGAUUACAAGCCUCCUGUUUUUGAGGAGAAAGGAGAGGGCAACAUUGAUGAUGUUGAAGCCGUCUUUAAAGAUUCCGAAGAGCACCAUGUGACCGAGAAGAAAGAAGAACAGCCAACACCUAUGAAUGCAUUUGACUUAAUCUCCAUGUCCAAAGGGCUGAACCUUGAAAAUUUGUUUGAUAUAGAGCAGGGAUUUAAAAGGGAAACAAGAUUCACUUCAAAAUGCCCUGCCAAUGAGAUAAUCAACAAGAUCGAAGAAGCUGCAAAACCUCUUGGUUUCGAUGUGCGCAAGAAAAAUUACAAGAUGAGGCUUGAAAACGUAAAGGCUGGAAGGAAAGGAAACCUUAAUGUUGCCACAGAGGUAUUUCAAGUGGCACCUUCCCUUCACAUGGUUGAGGUGAGGAAAGCAAAAGGUGAUACGUUGGAGUUCCAUAAGUUUUACAAAAAUCUAUCGACAACUCUCAAGGAUGUCGUCUGGAAAAGUGAAGAUGAUAUGCAAGAACCAAAGUGAAAUCAUCGAUAUUGUUGUCAAGCGUUGUUUCUUCAUGGCUUAUGAUGCUGUCAUUUUUCCAGUUUCCUGGUUUAAUUUUCCCAACAAACUACCUUGUUGGAGGUUUGAUUGGACAUAUAUGAUCAUCAUCACAUGGCUUUCUGGGUUAUUAUUGUGAGAAAGCAUGCAUAAUAGUUCAUGUAAGUAUUGCCAGUCAACAGCUGAAUCAUGUUAAUGAAACAUCUGUAAAUCAUAUGCAUGUAUUGUCAGUCACCCUUUAUGUCGUUCGUUA